UCUAUCAAAAGAUACUUGUCACUGUGAUUUAUGGUAUGAAUUAUGUUCAUUGUGUUGAAUGUCAACGGAGUUAGUUAAUUUUUGAUAACAUAUAAUUAACCAACCCGGUGAUCUCGUUCGUUUCUCAAUAAAAGUGCUGUGCAUAUAAUAGCCCGAUAAUUCUACUCUAAAUAUCUCGUCCACGAUGCCUUGACGAAAGGAAUUUAGCUUCUGAAUCCACUGCAUUUAUUUAAUAAACAAGCUAGUAAUCCUUCAUUUGACAGGACUUGCCUAAACAAAAGUAUCAGAAAGCGUUUAACAAUGUCAGCCACCGAGACUACGGUCAUUUUUGCAAAACUGGAAGCACUGAAAGAUAUCAAAUCAAAAACACUUCAACUAGAGAAGAUGAAGCAAAGAAUCCUGCAAGAGGUAGAACAAACUGAACAAGAAGAGAAAUGUUUACUCGAGUACAAACAGGAAAUGGAUCUUCUUAUGCAAGAAAAAAUGGCACAUGUCGAAGAAUUACGACAAAUACAUGCAGAUAUAAAUGCGAUGGAGACUGUCAUUAAACAAGCAGAAGAAGCUAGAAACAAAGCAAGAGAGACUGCAAAAUUAAUCCAUAAUAAUGAUUAUCAACCUCUAAAACACGAUAUUGAUCGCAUGCGUAGGGAAUUUUUAGGAUUGGAAAGAUUACCAGAAUUAUACGAAACAGAAUCUGAUCUCAUUUCACCAGACUACUUUGAUCGUCCAAUGCAGAAAGCAGAAUGGAGAGUCGAAGUAAGGGGAGAAGAUUUGUUACCCCCACUUACUCUACACCAUCCUGGUCAUCCAGGUGGUUCCACACCUUUCCUAGCUCCUCAACCUCUUCAAGGUCCAAGUAAGCCAGAACCAAGACCAUUGCCACCAGCCCCAGGCCCACCUGCUCCAACAUUCAGGUACCACUGGCAACAACCACCACCUAUGAAAUCAUGUUUAUCAUGUCAUCAACAAAUUCAUAGAAAUGCACCAAUUUGUCCCCUUUGUAAAGCUAAAUCUCGAUCGCGUAAUCCCAAGAAGCCAAAGAAAAAAGACUAAUUGUAUUCAUAAGUAUUAUUUAUAUGAAACAUCAAGCAUUUCUGCCACAUAAUUUUAAGGGUACGUUUUUUUUUUUCGUUUUUUUUUUUUAAUAACAAAGUAGCUCGAAUACUGUAAAAACAUGCAUUCAUGCAAAAUCUAUAAAAGUGUUUGCAAAAUGUAUGUAUUUAUAGUAAUGUUUUUAACUUUUCUUACAAUUUUAUCCUUGAUUUUUAUAAUACUUGUAUCGACAGUUAUAAGACAAUUGAAAUGUCACAAUGGUUGAUAAUUAAAUAAUUUUUACUUUCAAUAAGAUGUACAAAUAAAUCUAAAUAAUUCUUAUGAUUU